AAACGAAAUCAAAUAUGGAGUUUUCUAUUACAUUUACCUUCCUCUCGUUAAUGAUCUUGACGAAGUCAUUUGGAAUUGAUGGAACAAACCAUUUCAUUUGCCAAAAGAUGGAUGGGGCGUUGGUAUCGGAAAGUCAAGUUGGCAGUAGCGAUAUUUCGAGUAACCCUACAAUACAGCAUACUCAAGGGAGGCCAGGGAAAAGAGGAAUACAAGGAAUGAAAGGAGAGAUAGGACCACCGGGAAAUGUGAAUUACGAGACUAUCGAUUUGAAAUUGGAAAACAAAGUCAAUCAAAAAGUGCAAGAAUCAAUGACAGAAUAUGGCUCAUCAGUUGCAGAAUUACAAGCAGAAGUGGAAAAGUUGAAACAACGACAAGAUUUGUGCAAGGUGUUCUAUGGUGGAAAAUGUUUCUGGAUUGCUUAUCCUAAUUCGGGGGCUGCCACGUAUACUCAAAUUGACGAUCUUUGUGCCCAAGAAGGUGGAACGCCGGCAAAUAUUUAUGGAAGAGAUCAUUUUGAAGAAAUAGAUGCAUAUGUGGAUUCGAUCGCCCAGCAUGAAACGUUUUUCACUGGAAUGACCAUUGAUAAAUCGAACAAAAUCAUUACCAUGAAUAACGGCAUGAAAGCGAGAUGGAAUAUUGGAGAUAUGAAAUGGUUUCCCGGGCACCCGUCUGGCAACGCCGGCUGGACACUAAUUGGCAUACAUUCUGACCGAGAUCCAGAGAAACCACAAGGAAUGCACAACUGGCCUAAAAGUAGCUCAAGGCAUGGAGUCAUUUGUGAAAAGUAAUCAUGAAACUCAAAGUUGUCUGAUGAGUGAUAACAAUAAAAUUUGUUCUAAUCAGAAACAGAGAACAUCACCACCAAUCAAGGAUCGGGCGACAAAUAAUUUGAAAUGUCACGUUAAUGCCUUGUCAUAUGCAUUUUAUUCCUAGGGCAGUCGGAACGUCGCCUUAAAAAAAUUUGCAAAAAAAAAUUUUGCAAAUUGAUCCAUUCAUUACGUAUCCAAUAAUUAAGGUCUUCUAACAUCAGUUCAUUAGCAUGCAUCUAGUCUUGUAAUAUCUGGUAUAAAAAUGGAAAUAGCCGAAUAUUGGAAAUCACAAUUAACAGUAGCAAACAGGGUAGUUAAAUCGUUUUUUGGGAUGUAUAUAGUGCUUUCUUUAGGUCAUGUUGACAUCACAGUGAUUGUGCCACAUAUAUGAAAAUAUAUCAAAUUUUAUUAAAUUGCA